GGCGCUUAAAAAGCCAACCGCCCUGGCCGCAAGCAACAGCACGCGCCCACGCGACCCACCAAUGUCGACCAUCGAAGGGCUUGAUCCGAGGGCCGCCGUCGCCGACAUGACCAACGCUUUCAACGACUAUGUCUGCGACGCGGGCGAUGCGCUCAAAGCUGCGCUCAAGGGGCUCCCCGAGCUGGCCGAGAAUCACCAGGACAUUGAGCAGGGCGUCGACCGCUGGCUGCUCAAGGUGCAGCGGGCAGCGGACGUGAGCUUCGAUCGCUUCGAGGCCAGCGCGCUCGAGCAGAGCUUUCACGUCCCCGACGGCCUGAUGGCGGCGUCGUCCGGCGGGGCGGCCGGCGCGGACGAGGAGGAGGCGGAGGCGGCGCAGCUGUGGGAGCAGCUUCAGCAGCGCGUCGCCGCCAAGCGCGAGCUGCGGCGCAAGAUUGCGGCGCUGCGGAGAUUAGAGCUCGCGUGGGAGUCGCAGCGGCCAAGCUUCGAGCAGCUGUCGGGGCUGUCGAGGGCGGAGGGCGUGCACGCGGUGAUGGACAAGGCUGCGCGGCUCAAGCGGGUUCUGGGCGGGCUGGGCGGCGCGCGCGACGGCGGCGCCCUCAUGGCCAAGGGCGGGUGCGGCGGCGGCGCUCCCCGCCACCACGAGGCUAUCCGCACAGUCUCGCUUUCGGACUUGCGGCAGCUGUCGACCGCACUCUGCUCCUAGCCUUUGGACCAGCCGCCUUGUGUCGGGGCGUGUGUCCGCAGCUUGGGGUCGAAGCGCGCGGUCGGACCCAGUGGCGCGCCACUGCGGAGGGGCAGCUCGGCGGCGCCGCCUCGGUCCCCGGCCGUGAUGGGGGGGCAGCCGUAGCCUCCUCGCCCGGUCGGCGAAGGGAGGCGGGGCGGGCUGCGGGGGACCCGCGGGUGGGAGGGGUAAUCCAGAGGGGUUGUCGAGUGUGGGUGCGGGGGGAGGUAAAGUGGGACGAAGGGCGGGGCGGGGGUUCGCGGGUGGGGGGGGGGGCACUCUCACUCGGGCGUCGGGGGGUCUCUCCGCGCGCGGUAGAGCUAGUAAGAGGGGGGCGGGGGCGGUAGAGCUAGAGGCCGCGGAUACCGGGUAUCCCAGAUGUGCCGGCCGGAACGCCCUUGGGGAGAUAACCGACAACUCGCAGAGUCCGCAAGUGUGUCGUGAUGUACAGCUCGGCGUUGCAUGUGACUAAAUACGUACCCUGGU